UAAACUCUUACACAUUAGAGACAUUGCACACACAGUGUCAGGUAUCGCAAGGUUUCACCAGUGGAGUAUGACACAUCGGAAGUUCUGAAAUGACAUGCUGAACCGAAACUGAAGUGCUUUAAAAUAAUAGAUGAGACAAUUAUACAUUGAAGAUACCAGGAAAAACUAGACUCUAUUAAAAAAGGCAGAGGAUGGAAGGCGGAAGUUCGUUCAGCCGAAGGUCGUGGGCGUCGCAGUCUUUACGCGUCACUGCCAGGGAGCUCUCAUUGGUCAGCACGCGAGGCAAGACCAACGCCAUCGCAGAGCGCUUCUCCAAGUACCAAAGAGCUGCUGAGGAGUCUAAUGCAGAGAAGAAGAAAGCAUCGGUGGAGAGCCUGCAUCCCACCCUGCGUUCAGGGAACCUGAGUGUUCUGAAGAAGCGCUGGGAGCAGCCAGGUCCUCGCCAAGACAGACCUGCCCCGCUAUCCAACGGGCCACCCCGUGCCCGCCUCUCCCCCUCUGCCGUACCAAAACCAACCCCCCUGACCGAGCACUUUCCCCCAGCCAAGUCUCCGGAAUCCUUGAACACUCAGGGUGGUCAAAGCACAGCCUUCAGCCGCUUCCAGUAUCCUGCAGCAGCAGCUAUAGCCGAGGAGGGACAGAGAGGGAUGGAGAAGAAAGCGCAGCGGCCAAGCGAGCGAGAGGAGGAGAAAGAGCUGAUGCAGGUGGAAGACGAGGUGGUGCCACCCAGCCCCUGCACACCCAUCGAGAAACCCAGCGUGCCUCUCAACAGCCUAAAGAUGAUGUUUGAGAAGGGAGAGGGCACCAAGGGAAAGGCUGCUGUCCCCACAUACUUUAAGAUGGCCACCAUUGUUCCUGUACCCAAGAAUGCAAAGGUGAGGACAGGACUACACAGCAGCUCCUCCGAGGACAUGGAGCAGAGACUAGGAGUGUUGUCCCCUGACAGAGUGGUUGAGACUACCUCCCUGAAGGAAAGAAUGGCCAAGUACCAGUCAGCCGCUACCAAAAAGGGCCCACUAGCACACACUACUAGUCAGUCAGAGCGAGAGUAUAACAGCCUGAAGGAGAAUGUGCCCCCUAGUGGUGUGGCUGUGAGCCAGGCUUUAGAGUCCUACAGCAGAAAAGUUGCUGUAGCAGAGACCAAUGGGGAUGGCAUGGACAUAUCUAGUUUUAAGGGUAGCACCUCAUCUUCAUCCUCAGUCCACAGUGACUUGCCCAAGGCAGCCUGGAAGUUCUGCCUUUCCGCGAGGGAGACGUGCAUUACGUGCCUAAAGACAGUGUACCCGCUGGAGAGGCUGGUGGCCAACACCCAGAUCUUCCACACCACCUGCUUCCGCUGUCUCCACUGCAACACCAAGCUCAGCCUGGGGAGCUAUGCCUCUCUACACGGUAAGGUCUACUGCAAGCCCCACUUCAGCCAGCUGUUCAAGGCCAAAGGCAACUACGACGAGGGCUUUGGCCACCGCCCCCACAAGGACCUGUGGACGCCCCGUGCCGAGGAAGAGGAGGAGGAGGAAGAAGGAGUAGACCGGGUAGUGGAGAUGAGGUCUACGGAGUGGGCAGAAAGAACUGUGGCGGUGUCCCAUCCAGCCGAGACACCACUCUCCCCAGCCAAGCAGUCCAGCCCCACGGUGGAGGAGUCUCCCCUGGCCAAGGUGACGGACCUGACUGCCUCUCAUGAGACAUACAGCCACAUUUCCUCCACUGAGAAACUCUCCACCGCCGAGAAAGUCCCAGAGGCCCGCAGGCUUAGGGUUGCCUGGCCCCCUCCUGCUGACAGUGAUGCUGGAGCCUCUUCUGCUCUGGAGGGUGGUGGUGUGGGCCGGCCCUGGAGGGCCAAGUGGCCCCCGGAGGGUGAGAUGUCAUCGUCCACCCUGAGCCCCGACAGGGCCGAGCUGAAGAGCCUCAGGAGGAGCUCGUCUCUGAAGGAGCGCAGUCGGCCCUUCUCGGUGGCCCCCAGCCUCACCAACACCAAUGCCCUGGGGCCACGGGAGCCCCGCCAGCCCCUCAAAUCCUUGAUGGACAGGAGGGGGUCGCUGGAGGACAGCUGCUCCACGCUUAAGGAACCAGAACCCCAACUCCAGAGGGGGAUUGAGGAGGAGAAAGAGGGGAGUAAGCCCACACCGCCCAGCGGCAGUGCGGUGAACGGAGAGAUCAACUGCGAGGAGGUGGAGAGUCUCCUGGCAACGCAGGACAAGAAAGAAGAGCCGAUGAAGAAAGGAAAAGAAGCAGCAAUGGAAGAUGAAGAGGAAAGAGCUUCUUUAAAAUGCAAAAGUACCUCUCCAGACAUCCUAGCAUCUCCGCCCCCGCAGCCCAAACAUAACCGCAGUUCCCAGGACGUAGGCUUCUGGGAGGGGGAGGAGGGAGGCGAAGGGGAGGUGGAGGAGGGAGGUGAAGGCGAAGGGGAGGGGGAGGAGGGAGGCGAAGGGGAGGGGGAACAGCUCACCAUAGAGGAGAUGAUCAAAAGGAACCGCUAUUAUGAGGAAGAGGAAGAGGAAGAUGACGUCUGAAUAGACACUCAGCUCUGAAUCAGACUGGAUUUAGACUGGACACACACCAUGGACACACCAACAUAUUAUGUCCCUAGUACUCCCUGUCCACUUUAUAAAACCCAGGGAGUUCUUAAGUGCAGGGACACAACAAUUGUGAUUUUUCUCUGUUUAGGUGUAAUUUGUGAUCAUUUUGAGUGUUUGUUUCAUUCACAGUAGAAAAGUUACACACUGCAUUGAACCAAAUAGCCUGAUUAUUUUAGUGAUUUCUGAGGGAGCCUGAUAGAAGGGACUGGUAGAUUGUAGACAGUUGGAUUAAAAACAUUUAGUACCGUUUUCCAUAUUUUGUAUUUUAACGCUGGAAAGGCUGGUCUGUGUCUUUUUUAAACUGGGAGUGAAUACAGUUAUGAUCUUUAUGAUACACAGCCCUGAUUGGCGGAUAGGAUCGUCUAGACCAGGGUUUCCUAAACUCGGUCCUGGGGCCUCCCCCUGGGUGCACGUUUUGGUUUUUGUCCUAGCGCUACACAGCUGAUUCAAAUAACCAACUCAUCAUCAAGCUUUGAUUAUUUGAAUCAGCUGUGUAGUGUUUGGGCAGAAAACAAAAUAUGCAACCAGGGUGGGCUCUAGUACUGAGUUUGGGAAAACCUGGCCUAGACCCUAGAGCAGGGGUAUUCAUCUCUUACCCUACGAGGUCCGGAGCUUGCUGGUUUUCUGUUCUAUCUGAUCAUUAAUUGUACCCGGUCCAAAUCUGUCCCUGAUUAGAUGGGAACAAUGAAAAACUCAGUGGAACUAGCUUGGCGGUCCAGAGAAGAGUUUGAGGGCUCUAGAGCCUACCCCUUCAGAGUAGGACAAUACAUAUUAUGCAAAUAAAAGAUGACUGGUCAUUGGUCAGAAUAAUCAGAUUGUGAUGUAAUGCUGUGGGCCAAAAACUACAUCCCCCUUUUUUCAAAAGCUGUUACACUAAAAGGGCAUUAUCAACAUUUUCACAAUUUCUGUGUUAUUUUGACCCCCGUAGUGUGGAAAUAUCAAUAAAAUAGGGAAACCACUUUUGACUGCACUGCCCCUUUAAGUGGGCUAGUACAAAGCACUGCCAGAUGGAUUCCAGGAUCAGAGCUGCUUUAAAUAAUCACAAGCAGUCGCUUCAUGGGUUUGAUAGUACUUGAUCUUGUAAUAUACCUUAAGAAUCAAAAAAGGCUUGUGACAGAAUGUGGUAAUUUGAUCCAGGAUGACUAAACCAACAAUGUACUAUCUGUGAUGUAUGUUUGGGCCCUUUCCCUUCCUGGGUGUAUAUUUGUAGUGCCUGUUUUAAAUUGUAUAAAAAGCAUCCUAUUUUAUAAUGAAUUUAGAAAACUGGAUAAAUACAGAUUAUUAUAUUUACCCUCAAUGUUUUAUACUUAAUUUUUUGGGGUCCUCCAUAAAGUAAUCUUGGAAUUGUACGUCUUGAGAUGUGUUUGAAAUAAAUAAUAAAUGGUCUAUCAUUGAUA